AGAAAUUUCGUCCACGAGAGGAAUAAAAACACACACGCCAUCUUCGAAAUUGUCAAUUUUUCGUUGAACACAAGUGACAAUUUUAAUAGAGAAAGAGAGUUUAAUCAGAGAUUUCGAGUAAAAAUUUUCUGAAGAUUUGAAAGGGUUUGAUUUUAAAUUAUUGAAAUUGAAAUUGAUUGAGAAGUUAAAGAGACAGAUGGUAGCAGAAGCAGAGGUUGUGUUUCAACAUAGUUUACCGGCGGUUCUGGAGAUUGAGUUGUUUGAUGAAGUUUCUUCUCCCAAACUUGGUUUUACUGACUCCGUUCCCGCAGGUUUAACGACUUCUCCUGUGGUCGGUGAUUGCGAUCCUAGUGUCUCAGAUUAUGUUCCGACCAUCCGGUCUGGAAGCUUUGCUGAUAUCGGCCCAAAGAGAUGCAUGGAAGAUGAACACAUUCGCAUAGACGAUUUAUCUUCUCAGGUUGGGUCGCUGUUUGAGUUGCCUAAGCCUAGUGCUUUCUAUGCGGUUUUUGACGGUCAUGGAGGACCAGAAGCAGCAGCAUACGUUAGGGAAAAUGCCAUUAGGUUUUUCUUUGAAGAUGAGCAGUUUCCACACACAUCGCAAGUCGAUAGUGUUUAUGUGGAAGAAGUUCAGAGUUCAUUGAGAAACGCGUUUCUUCAAGCUGAUCUUGCUUUGGCAGAGGAUUGCAGCAUCAGCUCUUCUUCUGGUACCACUGCGCUCACUGCUCUUAUAUGUGGAAGACUCUUAAUGGUUGCAAAUGCUGGAGACUGCAGAGCGGUUCUAUGCAGGAAAGGCAAGGCGAUGGACAUGUCGGAAGACCAUAAACCAAUUAAUUUACACGAGAGGAGAAGAGUAGAAGAAUCUGGCGGUAUCAUCAACAAUGAUGGCUAUCUAAAUGAGGUCUUAGCUGUAACACGGGCUCUCGGCGAUUGGGAAUUAAAAAUUCCACACGGCUCUCAGUGUCCGCUAAUUUCUGAACCAGAAAUCAAGCAGGUAACUUUGACCGAGGAUGAUGAGUUUCUUGUGAUAGGAUGCGAUGGGAUUUGGGAUGUCUUGACGAGCCAAGAAGCAGUUAGCAUUGUUAAGCGUGGCUUAAACCGACACAACGAUCCAACAAGAUGUGCGAGAGAGCUUGUGAUGGAGGCUCUGAGGAGGAACUCAUUUGAUAAUUUAACUGCGGUUGUGGUAUGUUUACUGACGACAGAGCGAGGAGACGAGCCGGUGGUGUCUAUGGAGAAGAGACGGUGUUUUAGUCUUACACCGGAGGCUUUCCGUAGCUUGAGGAAUCUGUUGGAUGGCUGAAAGUGAAACUGCUGUGGUUUUGGUGAUGAUACCAAUGACUAUAAUUGAUGAUGACGAAUAACAAACUCUCGAACGCUGCAUUUGUGUUGGGACUUUAGAGGUUCUAAACAGCGGCUGAGAGAAAUUUGCAUAUUACGUGUGCUAGUUUUGUGUACAGUAUGUAAUUACAUUUUUGUGUACAUACUGUUAAUUGUCUGUGAAUACUGAAAAGUGAGUGAUAAAAGAAGAAUUUGAUUUACCCAAUAAAGAGAGAAGAAUUUGAUGAA